AUGGAUAAUGAAAAGCAAGUUGAAGACAAACGAGGAGUUGAAGUAGAAGAAGAAGAAGAAGUAAAACAAGAAACAAAUGAAAACGAUGCUACAAACAGUGAUACCAAAGUUGAGGUAGAAAAAGAAGAGGUAGAAGAGGUAGAAGAAGAAGAAGAAGAAGUGAAAAUACAACAUAAUAAUCAAAAAUCACCUCAAAUCAAUAUAUUACCUUCAUCUGCUAAUUGGUAUAAUAGUCAAAUAGCUGAUUGUAAUAGUAAUGCAAUCUAUGUUGUUGCUUCAAAGUUUACAUUAUUCCUUUUUGAUGUUGAAAAAAAAAAAUAUAUAGGUGAAUUGUUAGGACAUACUGAAAGAAUAUUAUCAGUAUGUUUUAAUAAAACAUUAUCAAAUCUAUGUGUAUCCUCAUCAUCUGAUAAAUCUGUUAGACUUUGGGAUAUCAAUACUCUUCAAAAUAUUAAAUCACAUAAUAUUCAUCAAAAUGAAGUAACAUUUGUAACAUUUUCAAAUUUUAUAAAUGAUAUUGUAGUUUCAGGUGAUAAAGAUGGUAAAAUAAUAGUUUGGAGAACCUUUUCUAAUGAUAUCAAGGUCUAUCAACCCAUUCCAACCAAUUCCUCUCAAAUUACAUGCUUGGCAUUUUCAAAUCAUCAAGAUCUCCCAAACCUCAUUACUAUUGGGUAUAUGAAUGGUAUGGUCAUUCUAUUUGACAUUGUUACAGGAUUGAUUGUUUCAAAGAUUGCUGCACACACUGAUGAGAUUCAAUGUCUCUUGUGGAUUGAUAUCCCACCUCCAAAACCAUCAAAAUUAAAGGACCUCGAUACAGAAUCUACUCUCUCCUCCUCCCCUUUAGAUAGAAAAUCGAUUACAUUUGUAUCUUCAUCAAAAGAUAGAUCGAUUAAAGUAUGGAGACAAGUUGGUGAAAAGUUGGAUAGUGGAUUUCAUCCAAUUCAUCAACUUGUACCUGGUAGGUCGGGAGGUGGUGGAGGUAAUAGCGGUGGAGGAGGAGAAAAACAAAGAACUUGGCUCACAGUAUCUUGGUCACCAAAAGAACCACAAUAUUUAGUUUCAAAUUCACUAUCUUCAGAUUUAUAUCUUUGGAAUUUAACAUUGGAGAAACCAAUACCCGAGAAAUUUGGUGGUAUUCAACAUCAAAGAACUAUUUUUAAUAUUACUCAAAUCCCAUAUACCUCCACUUCUACUACUGUGAACAAUACAAAAUAUCCAUGUUCAUUAAUGACAACAUCAAUGGAUAGAAAUCUAAUUUAUUGGGAAUCAAUGAAAGGAAAAUGGAAGAUUUCAUCAAUUGGAGGGUUUGUCUAUAGUAUCACGUCGUCUCCAUUUAGUCCAAACACCAUAUCGAUGGGUUGCGGUGACAAUAGUAUUAGGCAAUGGUCACCAACUGCAGAGUCGACAGACUAUGAUGCCAAAUGGUACUGGAAAGGUAUUCAAAGCAAGAUCACAGCCAUUUCUAUUUGUCCAACCAAUGGAUGUCUGAUUGCAUUUGGGUUGGAUGAUGGACGUGUGGGAGUGUACGAUAUCGACAAGAACAAUUCAUUCUUUUUCCCAGGUGCACAUCGCAAAGAAGUCUAUGACGUGCAAUGGCGUACCAUUGGCACUGAAAAACUACUCAUCUAUAGUGUUGGCAACAACGAUGUCUUUGAAUGGGACUAUAGCGGUGCAAGAGAAAAAGGAUUUAAAAACACAAACGAUUAUAUCAAGAUUGCUGCAGAUACUAGUAACUCUCCACCCAUCAAGUUUGGUUCAAAAGGAGAGUUUUGUUGGAACGAUGAUCAAACCAUGAUUGUAAUGUCCAACUUGAACGGUGAAAUUCGAUUGUUUGACAGUCAAUUCAAUCAUUUGGCAGUCACCAAGGACCACAAAUCAUUGGUUAAUCGUAUUAGAUGGAAUCCUCAUCCAGACUAUAAAAAUUAUUUUGCUUCUGCAUCUUUGGAUAAAACUAUUAUCAUUUAUCGUACAGUUGUUUCAAGUAAUGAUGAUAAUGAUGGUACGACAACAGUGAAAUUGGAAAUAGUUAAACAUCUCAAAGGACAUAAAGGAGGUGUAUUCGGGUUAUGUUGGUCACCACAUGUACACAACAUUUUGGCAUCGUGUAGUGCAGAUGCAUCAGUUCAAGUUUGGAAUACCGAUAGUGGAGAACCAAUUGGUAAUCUUCGUGGACAUGAUGGUAGAGUGUUUGCAGUUCAAUUUAGUUUUAUGUAUCCAAAUGUCAUAUUCUCUGGUGGUGAAGAUCAAACUGUCAGAAUGUGGGAUUAUACAAUGGCCAUUUACAAAAAUCCACCUACUGAAAUAUCAACCGUUAAAAAAACAAUGAAAUCUCAUUCAACAAAAGAAUCAUCAUCAACAAGAAAUCAUCAUACAAUUAUGAUUGAACAAGUUAAAGUAAAAGAUGAAAAGAUAAUAAUUGAUUCAAUUCCACAACAACAACAGUCACAACAAGUAGUCAUAGUAUCAACAGAUCCAAUUCAAAAUAAUAAUUAUAAUAAUCUAGAAAAGUCUCCUUCUUCUUCUUCUUCUUCUUCUUCUUUAACAACAACUACAACAAGUAGUAUAUUAGUACCAAUUAAAAAGAAAUCAAAAGUUAUAUUACCAAUUCAAUAUAAAUUACAAUCACAAAAUUUGGAACCAAAUAUCAUUGGAUUGGCAAAAACAUUAAUAGGACAAAAAGAUAUUAAUAAUAAUAAUAAUAAUUAUAAUAACAAUGGACAGCAGCAGCAGCAGUUGGAAUCAGUCUCAGAGUCUUCGUCAAAUAAUGUGAAUUCAGAAAUAUUUGAAGAUGGAGUAUUUUCAAAUAUUAAAGGAUUAAAUCAAACAAUGAAAAAGGAGAUGAGUGAACAUUUACAAAAUAGAGAAUUGGAGAAUUACUUUUCACUUUGCACGUGGGAUGUUGGUGGCAUCCAAAAAGCAUUGGCCAAGAUUGCUAAAAAUGGACAAUUGUCACCUCACUAUGUAGCAUUGGCAGCUCAAGGUGGAAGAGAGUUAUGGAAGAGUACAUGUGAACUGUAUAUCGCACAAUUAAUUUUGGAGGGCGACUAUCACAUGGCAGUCUCUUAUCAAUUGGCCAUUGGAAAGGUGAUUGAUGCCAUAGAGCUCUAUCGAAAGGCUGGCUAUUUACAAGAAGCUAUUCUCUUGGCAAGAAAGAGACUGUCACCAACUGACACACCCCAAAUGAAUGAAUUGAUUGAAUCACUCUAUUUUGAAUGGGGUCAACUCUCAGAAGUAUCCAAUUACCUCAACAGUAUCAAAUGUUAUCUUGCAGCCAACCGUCCUCAACUUGCCAUCAAUCUUUUAAAAUCAAAACAAUCAACAUCACGUAAUCAAUCACUUUUAACAGAAUUACAAAAUCUUUAUCAAUUAGAAUAA